CCCGUAAAUAAAUUCUCCAUUAAAAUCGCUUAUUAAUAAAGCCAUAAGACUCAAAAUGCGAUGGUUACGAGUUAUUCUCUAGCGAACCAGUUUCUGGAAAACUGGUACAGCCGACUGUGGUGCUUUCGCCUUGGAGUACCCAGAAGCUAAUGAAAAUCCUAGCCCAAGGGAGAGUCGAUCUUCAGUCUCGACCACAAGGCCCCUCUCAUCAGCCACGUACAUGCACUUUCAUUUGAUUUCCGCUUUAAUUUCCAAGAUCAAACUUCAAUCUGGUUUACGUAUCAAGUGUCGUAGCUGUUAAGUAAAAUGUUUCUUUUCGAUACCAUGUUCAACCAACUGUGUGAAUGACACGUUGAGGGACAUCGACAUAUUCUCCCACUGGGCGAUACUUUCACUUUUGCUCCAUUGGUUCUCCCGCGAAUAGCUGAGACCAACGAAUCUCCUCUGUCGAUCCACUAUUACUAUUUUAUUGUCUCAAUAGUGAUAUUUCAUUGUGAUACGCAAAGUAGAUCGGCUGGUGAAAUAGAAGAGGCUCAAUCAUUACUUGAUCACAUGCGAGAUUAAUUGCCGGAUAACGAGAGUAUUAAAUGCAUUGGGGAAAUCAAACGGAACAUGAAGAUACUCAUGAUCAUUUUGUCGGCGGCGAUUCCGGUGUUCUGUUAUGAUCCAAUGGAUAAAUCUUUGAAGGACAUACUUUUACCACCCGGUAAAUUCGAGGCAUUCUAUCACAAGGCACCGCAAUCAGAGGAAGAAAAUGCCGCAAGACCGCCCCAUCUUCACGGAUCCUUUCAUGCUUAUCGGAAUCCAGCUCUCGUGGGAGCCCCAAACAGCGCUGCUUAUGGCUUCCGUUUCGAUGGUAAACGACGUUUCAAUUACGAAUGAAAUGAAAGUCUCUGUACACAAGCUGUUUUUUUAAUUGUCAGCAAUUAGCUGUCUCUAAUAAAUGCACUGCUGUAUGGUUCUCCCGCA